AUGAUGGAUGUACCGGCUGCCACACCCACCUCGCAGUUUGUCGCAAAGCUGGCUGUCAAACUUCCAGAUUUUUGGACGGAUGACCCUGAUCUUUGGUUUUUGCAUGCUGAGUCUGCCUUCAGAAACUCCCAGGUUACUCAGUCGCAGACCAAAUUCGAUCAUGUGAUACAGAAACUACCCCAAAACAUCAUGGUUUCGGUUCGAGGUCUGAUUAUGAACGCGACCUCGUCCUCUACUCCUUAUGAAGAUCUAAAGGCGAAGUUAGUUUCCUCCUAUACUCUAACGCGUUGGCAGAGAAUUAACAAACUAAUCCAUCAUCCUGCCCUAGGUGACAGACGUCCUACUGCUCUGAUGGAUGCUAUGCUCGCUCUCUUACCUGAUGAUGAAGUCCCUGGCAGUCUGUUUCUCGGGUUGUUUCUGGAGAGACUGCCCGUAGAAAUGAGAGAUCAUCUGGUUGCAAGCGAAUUCAAGAACCCCAGCGAGAUGGCUCUGCACGCUGAUAAACUCUGGGAUGCUCGCAGAACACAGUCAAGUGAUCCUCUCCUUGCUGCAGCAGCUACUUCUCCGUCUCGUGCUCGCACCCGUGAGCGAGGUAGUACUUCUCCUUCUCGUCGAGCCCAGACUCCAGGCCCUUCUGCUGCUGGAGAAUGUUAUUUUCACAAGCGUUUCGGCUCAGCAGCAAAUAACUGUCGUCCUCCCUGCAACUUCCCGGGAAACGCCAGAGCCGGCGGGAACAGGAAGAAUUAA